AUGGCGGAUAUAAACGAGCAAGUGCCAAGCCAACUUGUGUCGCCGGCUGGGCAGGUUUCCCAAGAUUCAGCCCCUAUAGUGAACGGUAAUGGUGCAGCCGCCGGCGCCAGCGGCUCGGUGGAUGUGAUAUGCGGUCCUUUGCUUAACUAUCGCCGCAUGGACGUUCAAACUACUUCCGCGACUUGGUACGGCAGCGUGUUGAUCGUUACGAACCCCGGGCAGACCCAGCCGCAAUUAUCCCUACGUCAUGUUGGGCCCGUGUCGCAGGACUCAAAUAGCGUUUCGCCCGAAUCUCAAGCGCAAUCAUUAACCUUCCAGGGCACCAAGCUAUAUGAAGAUCCAAAGAAGGCGUUUUGGAGAUUUUCAUUCUCGUUUCCGUUGCAUGAUUACGAGGCGCAAUGGGCGUACAACAUUCCAGGCUUCCGAUAUAUGAGCGGCCCUGCAGUCCCAAAUGAAUGGGAGUUUGCCGUUCCCUCGUGGAAACAGUCUAUGCGCAUUAUGUUUCAUUCGUGCAAUGGCUUUUCAGUUGGUACGGAUACAGAUAGUUGGGCUGGCCCCGCGUUGUGGAACGAUGUCCUGCGAGUGCAUGCGAAGCGCCCUUUCCAUGUCAUGAUCGGUGGCGGUGACCAAAUUUACAAUGACGGCGUGCGUGUGGAGGGGCCUCUCAAGGCAUGGACGAGUAUUGCCAAUCCCAUCAAAAGACAGGGGCAUGAUUUCAAUGAACAAUUAAGAGCUGAGUGUGACGAAUAUUACUACAAUAACUAUGUGCGGUGGUAUAAUCACGAGCCUUUUAAGACUGCCAAUGGGCAUAUUCCUCAAAUCAACAUCUGGGACGACCAUGACAUUAUCGACGGCUUCGGAUCGUACACUGAUCAUUUCAUGAAAUGCGCAGUAUUCCGCGGUAUCGGAGGAGUAGCAUUCAAAUACUAUUGUCUAUUCCAGCACCAUGUUGCGCCCCCAAAGUCCACUUUCACAACGGAUGCGCAAGGUCCCGUUGACCCGCGUCAAUUAGAAAACACAUUCGUUCUUGAAGAACAGAAUAUCGACCCGAUGUGGAUCUUAGGCAAAUUGCCCGGCCCUUAUGUUGAGGAAAAAAGUCGCAGCUUGUAUAUGCGUCUAGGCAGACGGAUUGCAUUCGUGGGGAUUGAUGCGCGUACGGAACGCACGCGCAUACAGGUCAAUUAUCCAGAAACUUACGAUCUAAUCUUUCAGCGCCUGCAGCAGGAGAUCAGUCAAGCCAAUGGAGAGAUCAAACAUCUGAUUUUGCUCCUCGGGGUUCCGAUUGCUUACCCACGCCUUGCUUGGCUAGAGAAUAUCAUCACAUCUCCGUUGAUUGCGCCUAUUCGUCUGCUAAACAAACGUUUUGGUGUCGCCGGCGGCCUUUUCAAUAAAUUUGACGGCCAGGUUGAUCUUCUGGAUGAUCUUGACGAUCAUUAUACCGCCCGGCAUCAUAAAGUUGAGCGCCGGGAGUUGAUUCAUCGUCUUCAGCAGUUCUCCAAGACCUAUUCUGUUCGGGUCACGAUUCUUGGAGGCGAUGUCCAUCUAGCAGCGCUAGGCCGAUUUUAUUCGAAUUUGAAAUUGAACAUCCCAGCUGAAAACGACUUCCGGUACAUGCCAAACAUUAUCAGCAGCGCCAUAACCAAUAAACCACCUCCGAAGGCUGUGGCCAACCUCCUUGCGCGAAGGAACAAGAUCCAUCAUCUCGAUCCCGACACGGAUGAGACACUGAUGCCUUUAUUCGACAAGCAACCGGGCGGGAUGGAAAAGAGCGCUUCAUGGAAUAACGUGACCAUGCCGUCACGCAACUAUGCCUGCAUAACAGAGAUUGAAACCCCAGUUGCAAAUGGGUCUGGCGUGCACGGACACUCUCCAGUUCCUAGCCAGACGCCCAAAGAUGGGCAUUCGCCGCUGCAUGCGGGUGAAGAGGGCGUUGGAACGACGCAUAAAUCAGCGGAUGGCUUCAGCAACACCAGCCAGCUGGCCGGAGGCUUGGACGUGGCUAUUCGAGUUGAGAUUGAGCAGGGUAACCGGAAUGGCAAUGCGGAGGGCUAUGGUUUGAGCAUUCCGGUACUGGUUGCUUAA